UGUUCCUGCGAUUCUUUGGAUCCACUUGGUGUUCGAGGAGCUCCAUUACUAUUAAGUCUAGUCUUUGUUUCUGAUUAUUGUUUGGACAACAUGCUUUUUGUUUCAUGAGUUCUCUUGUUGAUUUUAGGAACAUUCUCAGCCUUAUCUCCUUUGUUAUUAUUGUAAUUAUUGGUUUUGGUAAGAAGGUCUAACGGGUCAAAGAGGCAGCUAAAAGUUUGAAAUCUAAGAACUGGGAUCCUUGUGAAGUUUGGAAUUUUAUGUCUUCAAAAUCAUGCUUUCUUCACAGAAAUGGAAGUUUUCAUGGUCUCAGAUAGCUACUGUCGCUGCUGUGAUCGUUCUGGUCUCAUUGGUUCAUCUAUUCCUCGUCCCGGUGGUCCCAUCUUUCGAUUCUUUCAGCGCCCGACAAGCUCAGAAUCUUUGUGGACCGAAUCAUGGGACGGGCAAGGAGUCAAGUGAAGAGCAGAGAGACCAACUGGUGGUUGCUUUCGAUAAAAAGUUUCCUGCUGACUUACAUGGGGCUGUGGUUUAUCGUAACGCUUCCUGGAAGGCCGAGAUCGGGCAGUGGCUUUGUAGUUGUGAUGCAGUUGCCAUGGAAGUUGACAUCAUUGAACCAAUUGGUGGGCGGAAAUGCAUGAAUGGCUGCAGCAGCCAAGGUGUUUGUAACCAUGAAAUAGGAAUAUGCCGGUGUUUUCAUGGAUUUAGUGGUGAGGAUUGCUCGCAAAGAUUGCACCUAGACUGCAAUUACGAGAAAACGCCUGAGUUGCCAUAUGGGAGAUGGGUUGUCUCGAUGUGUGCAACACAUUGUGAUACCACAAGAGCAAUGUGCUUUUGUGGAGAAGGCACAAAAUAUCCGAAUCGUCCUGUUCCCGAGGCAUGUGGAUUUCAAGUGAACUCACCGAAGGAGCCCGGGGGACCCAAAAUGACCGAUUGGACGAAACCAGACCUAGAUAUUCUCACAACUAACAGCAGUCAACAUGGAUGGUGCAAUGUGGACCCAGAAGACGGGUAUGCUUCCAAGGUUCAGUUCAAAGAGGAAUGUGACUGCAAAUAUGAUUGCCUCUGGGGUCGUUUCUGUGAAGUGCCUGUACAGUGCACCUGUGUUAACCAGUGCUCGGGUCACGGCCACUGCCGUGGUGGAUUCUGUCAGUGCGAGAAAGGCUGGUUUGGCACAGAUUGUAGUAUCCCGUCUGUUCUCUCGACGGUUGGAGAGUGGCCCCAGUGGCUCCGACCUGCACGGCUUGAAGUUCCAAGUGGUACACCUGUCCCUGGGAAUCUCUCUAAUCUUAGUGCCGCGGUGAAAAAGAAGAGGCCUCUUAUAUACGUUUAUGAUCUUCCACCGGACUUCAACAGUUUGCUUCUUGAGGGUCGGCAUUAUAAGCUCCAGUGUGUUAACAGAAUCUACGAUGACAGGAAUGCAACUAUAUGGACGGACUAUCUAUAUGGUUCACAGAUGGCGUUCUAUGAGAAUGUUUUGGCCACCUCCCACCGCACGUUGAAUGGCGAAGAGGCAGAUUUUUUCUUUGUUCCUGUUCUUGAUUCGUGUAUUAUAACUCUUGCUGAUGAGGCGCCUCACCUUAGCAUGCAGGACUAUAGCAGAUUGAGAAGCUCGCUUACCUUGGAGUUCUACAAAAGGGCUUAUGAUCACAUCGUUGAGAAAUAUCCUUACUGGAACCGCUCAUCCGGGAGAGAUCAUAUCUGGUUUUUUUCGUGGGAUGAAGGUGCAUGCUAUGCUCCGAAAGAGAUAUGGAACAGCAUGAUGCUAGUUCACUGGGGCAACACGAACUCGAAGCACAACCACUCGACAACAGCCUACUGGGCCGAUAACUGGGACACCAUUUCUCCCGAUAGAAGAGGCAAUCAUCCGUGCUUUGACCCUGCCAAAGAUCUCGUGAUUCCUGCCUGGAAGGUUCCCGAUCCUUUUUCGAUGCGUGCCAACUACUGGGCUCGAUCCUGGGAGGAGCGCAGAACAUUGUUUUACUUCAAUGGGAAUCUCGGACCCGCUUACGAGCAUGGAAGGCCAGAAGAUUCGUAUAGCAUGGGAAUCAGACAAAAGCUGGCAGAAGAGUUUGGUUCGAUCCCGAACAAGGACGGCAAGCUCGGGAAACAGCAUGCAGAUGACGUGAUUGUCACUCCAUUACGUUCGAGCAAUUACCACAACGACUUGGCCACUUCCAUCUUCUGUGGUGUGUUCCCUGGUGAUGGAUGGAGUGGUCGGAUGGAAGACAGCAUCUUGCAGGGUUGUGUCCCUGUUAUCAUUCAGGACGGAAUCUACCUCCCGUACGAGAAUUUACUCAACUAUGACAGCUUUGCAGUUCGUGUGGACGAAGAUGACAUCCCGAAGCUUAUCAAGAUUCUCCGAGGAUUCAACGAAACGGAGAUACAGUUCAAGCUAGCUAAUGUAAAGAAGGUCUGGCAAAGGUUCUUAUAUCGAGAAUCCAUCAUGCUCGAAGCCGAGAGACAGAAAGCUGCUUUGGGCCACGAGGACGAGUGGGCGGUUCAGUAUUCCCGGCUUAAGGAAGACGACAUCUUUGCCACAGUCAUACAGAUUCUACACUACAAGCUACACAACGAUCCAUGGAGAGAACAACUCACGAAUCCGAGGAAAGACUACGGAUUGCCUCGAGAAUGUCUGGUAAGAACCAGCUGAUUGUGUCGUCCUCUCAACCUCAAGAUCAAAGUUCAAGUAAAUACAUCAAAGAGCUACACAAGCAUGUAUACUUACACAGGUCGGAUACGUACUGCUAGGCGUACAAAUACACGCAUACGCAUAUACAUACACACACACUGCACAAAUGUAUUGUUUUGUUUCUGUCCGUGCUUCGUUUUCCUCGUGGUAUUUUAUCUUUCAUUAGAUGGCAUAUUCAUCUGCAUUCUUGGGGAUAGAGAGGGUCAUUCUUGUUUACAGAAAAGUUGGAAGCUUUAGGUUGUUGAAUCGGUUCUUUCCACUUGCUUGUUCGGCUCUGUAAUUGUACCAUCCCUUUUCCGGUUUAGCUUGGUUUAAUCAAACCGGACGCUAUAAAACGCCAAUGGGUUUCACCCCUGUAUCCCACAA